CAGUCUUACUUGAACCAUAGUAGUGAAAGAAAGUGUCCAGUGUUUUGAGAAAAAAAAAUAAAAAUCAUUCAAAUACUUUCUACUUAGUGUGUGACAAUACUAAUUUAGAAAAUCAAAAAAGAACUAAUAUAUAAAAAUCCAAUACUUUCUAGUACUAUUCGGAAAGCUUAUUCAAGUGUGCGAUUUUAUUUUCUUUUUUUAAAGAAAACUGUUUAAUUUGUGAAAGGGUGUUUUGGAACAUUAUGCAUAUUUUAUAUUCGGUUUACUUCCUUAUUGUUUUUAGUGGUAUUUGUACAACCGGGUAAAAAUACGUUCAAUUAUUAUCUCCCCCUCAUCACCCCCCCAAAAAAGAAAUAGUUGAAUUUUGAACCCACAAAUAACAAACGCCAAAACGAAAAGAAAAACAAAAGUUUAAAAACCCACCAAAUCGAUAAUAUCAAAGAAGACAAAGUCAAUUUAACAACAACAGACAAUUUUUGGAGUCCUAAAAUGGCACUUGAUUUUUUAGCUGGUUGCAUUGGAGGUUGUGCUGGUGUAUUAGUCGGCCAUCCCUUAGACACUGUUAAAGUUCAUUUACAAACUCAAGAUCCCAAAAAUCCUAAAUAUAGAGGGACUUGGCAUUGCAUGACAUCUAUUGCCAAGCAGGAAAAAUUUAGAGGUCUAUAUCGUGGCAUUACAAGUCCCAUUGGCGGCAUUGGAUUUGUAAAUGCGAUUGUGUUUGGCGUGUAUGGAAAUGUCCAGAGAAACACAAAAAAUCCCGAUUCUCUAGCAUCACAUGCAUUGGCUGGCAGUAUAGCUGGAUUCUCUCAGAGUAUUGUGUGCGCUCCCAUGGAAUUGGCGAAAACACGUUUGCAGCUGCAACAUGAAGGGUCCAAAGGGCCGAAAUUUAAAGGACCGAUAGACUGCCUAAGACAUAUUAUUAAACAUGAGGGCUUACGUGGUACAAUGAGAGGUUUAGCUUUUACCGCUGCCCGUGAUAUACCAGGUUUUGCUACUUACUUUGUCAGUUAUGAGUACAUGAUGCGUCAACCCAGCAAAAACAAUGUACUUUAUGGUCUAUGUGCCGGUGGCCUUGCUGGUAUGUGCUCUUGGGUGGCCUGCUAUCCCAUAGAUGUUAUUAAAACUUGUAUACAGGCCGAUGAUCCGGCGAAUCCCAAAUAUAGGGGCUACAUGGAUUGUAUACGACAGGGCUAUAGAUCAAAUGGUUGGAACUUUUUCUUUCGCGGUCUUAAUUCAACUAUGAUACGAUCAUUUCCCAUGAAUGCAGCCUGUUUCUUUGUCGUCUCCUGGAUUAUGCAGUGGGCCAAUAAAGGGGGCGUAGAUGUUGUCGUCCAUACAGGUGAUCCAAUGGCUUUGGUUAGCCUAGCUACAAAUCUACCCCUUUGUCAUGUCUUACACAUCGAUCAUGCCGAAGAGAAAAUGAGACAACAACGUUCCGUCUUAACCCAGAGUUUACGAUCAUUUGGGGCAUUUAAUGAAGCCGUGUGCCAAACUGAAGCCGCCGAAUUGGCCAGUCAAAUUUAUCCCGAUAAAGUUAAUGAUAAAUACUAUGUAUUUGAGGAUGAACGACUGUUAAGAGAGAAUGCCCUCAAAGAAAACUCAUGUAAUUGUUAAGUAGUCAUUAAGUUCCGUCUCUUUCUCUCUCUCUCUAUUUCACACUAUCUCUCCUCCUUCAUACCACUAACUAGUUAAUAUUUUGUAAUUUAUGAUUUUCUAUUUGUAUGUAUUGUUUUAUCCAAAUGUACAAAUUUAUACUGCUAUUAAAGAUUUCCAUGAAAUUAUGAAUGAUUGUUUUCAUAAAACUAAAAUUGAAAAUAA